GUGGGACACAGGAGGGGGAGCGGAGGAGGCAGGAGGAGGAUUCAUGGUAGGAACUUAAUUGCCUCCAAUCCCUGGAUCUCUUGCACCUGCUGGAGAAGCCCAGCAUGCCCUCAGGAGGAGAGCCUGGAGGCCUGGUAAUCUCCACACCCACCUCUGGGGAAGCCUGGGCAGGGACUGGGCUUCCGGGUGGAGCUCCCCUCCCAGCUCUGCUACCUUAGGGGCAGACCCUGAGAAGAAACGCUUCCUGGGUCAGGCCCAGGGUCUGAAGAGCCACUGGGGUGAGGGGGACAGGUGGGCAGCCUGCCCUGAAAGCCCUAGGACGGUGACUCAGAGAAUGAACUUCUGCUGGAAGACUCUUGAGCCGCAGCAGCCACUGGACCUGCUCACCCACGAUCAUGUGGCAUUCUGGGUAUCUCCCUGCACAAGUUCUAGACACGACAUCUACUUAUCAUUGAAAAGAAAAGUAACCGUGCUCCCCUGGCAUUCACAAAAGGCGUCCAUUCGUUCAAGCAUUCGCCGACUCAUUCGAUCUGCAUUAUGGGGUCCCUGUGGCAUUAGGUCUAUCACACAGCAAGAGAAAACCAGCAUAGAAGAACUUAGCCACUGUGAAACUCCGUACAGAUGUUAAGGGUCAUCAUUGAUACUCUAAUUGUUGGAAACAGAGCAGAUUCCUGCAGCAUGACAUGUCUCAUCCUUACUGAGGCAACUGCACUCCAGGUGGGUGUGAAGAUGAAAGGAGUUCGUGUGAGCAGAGGGCACCAGGCCCAGUGCCUGCCCUGUGAUUAUUGCUCUGGGAAUAUUAGCUAUUACUCUGACCACCAGAAACCAUAUGGCCCAUGUCAUUACUUUGUGAUGACAAAUCCCCCAUUGAACUGCUAUACACUAGUGAUUCUAAACUUUAUCCUUUAUCUUCCCACCAAACCCCUGGCCUUUGUUGGGAAAAUAGAAGCAAUCAGGUAGAACUUUUCCAAUCACUGUUCUCUAAAUCUACAAGUUUCAACCUCCUCCUGUUUUAGAGGUAGUUGGUUUCUGGGGUUGUGCUCCUGACCACUGAAAUUGGAGGACAGUAGGAGUGGUUUCUAAGACUGGGAAAGGCUGAGCAUCCAUCCAACCAUCCAACUGCCCAUCCAUCCAUCCAUCCAUCAUAAAUACCUAGCAGGAAGGGGCCUGGAGCCUGGAGAAAUGUGAUUUGAAGAUGAAGAGAAGAUUGAGGUCUCAAGGGAUAACCAGGCUGGACCUCUUUUCUUUCUAAAUCAGCACUCCCUAUGCCAUCUCCUGCCCGCCCACCCAGGUACAUGGAGUGAUCAAAGGUGGGCAGUGGGAGGACUGGACUGAAGGUCCCACUCUAGGCAUCCUGUCACCACCUGGGUAUGUGGACGAAAGGCAAAAAGGCCAGUGAGGAGGCCGUGAAGAAAGCCUGAGGAAGGUGGUGGAGUGGGGGAUACCCCUUCGAGCUUCUGUUACUCUUCUGGGCUACGUGAGCAACUGACAGAACAAGAAAGGCCCGUGCACUUCCCCCAUCUGCAGGCAGGCUUCUUUACAACCCCAGGCAGACAGACAAACAGAUGGUGAUGUUUUCCUUUCCAGACAGCAUCCUCAGCAGCUGCCACUGACUCAGCCUCUCCACCUCUGUCUGGGUGCGGUAGGCAGGCAGCUUGAUCCCCAGGGUUGACAGUGUACGUGGCACAAGGUGUCAAUUCACAGACAUCUGCAGACGUGGAGACCUUUGAUUUUUGCCCAAGGCCCAGGACGUUUGCUUCAAGGCCAGGACUCUCCUUCACCUGUCACUCAGCCUCACCAGCCAGCUCUGGACCCCAACAACCAUCAGCCCCCUUCGUGGACAUGCAGAUGGAGAGUCCUUGGAGGCACAGCAGGUCUCAGCUGAAAGGGUGCUAGAGAUUGGCCAGCAUUCCCCCUUGAGGAGAAAAAAAACCAUGUGUCCCUUCUGGAGAAACCUGGUAGUCCCAGGUGCAGCCCCUGCUGAGCUAAGUAGGCAGAAAACCCCAGAUGCCCCAUACUUCUGGUCAAAGAAAAUGUUUUAGUAUGUAGUAUUAAUACAUUUGCCUUUAUACCCAUGCCAUUGCAAAGUGUAAUUGUGCACACACACACACACACACACGUGUGUGUAUGUAUACAUGUAUAUGUGUAUUUAUGUCGAUAUUUAUAUAUGGGGACAGGGGCCCAUGAAGCCACAGGUGCCUAAAAAGCCUACAUAAGUCCCAUUGCAGCCCUGCCCUGCACCUCUUGGGGGCUGUUCCCUCAUCUGGAAAGCGCAGGUCACGGCAGCAUCGACACCGUGGACCAUGGCUGUGCCCCGGCUCUCCCUGAGCUAGCUCUCACCUCUGCCCUUCCAGGUUCACCGAGGUGGGAAGGCUCCCAUGGAACGUAACAUCCAGUCCCUUCACGUCGCAUCAAGGCCUCUCUCUGCUGAUCCCCCCGAGCUCCUACUGCUUUCCCCCGACAAAGCUCUCCGGCUAGAUGCCCCGAGCCUGGCGCCAACUGUUUCUGGACCAAGCUGAGUGUCCAGGGCAGCAUGCCUGUGUACACUCAGGGUGCCCUUUCCUUCGAAAGUACCCCCUCUUCUCUGCCUGGUGGUCUCCGACUCAUAGCACCACUGCGUGAUUUGUGGGGUCCCAGGCAAAAUGAAAAUGUGGGGCCUCUUGUUCAAAAAUUUUAAGAACUUCAAGAUGGCAAUGCAGAGCAUAAAACCAAGUUCUGAGCUCUUCUGAGCAUGGGGCUAGGUGUGACUGCACUAGCUGCCUGCCCAGGGAGCUGGGUCUGCCUCCCUCUCUUCUGAGGUCAACUGGCGUAUCACCUGCUCUUUGCAGCUGCCCUUGCUCCCCCAGACAAACAAUAGGAAGUCAGUAAAUGAAGCAUUUCUUAUAUUCCAGGCACCAUGCCAAGCACUUUACAGCUAAGGUCUUGUUGAACCCCCAUCACUGCCCCAUGAAGUAGGGAGAAAUUUGGUCCCCAUUUUGCAGAUGGGGAAAUAGAGUUUCAGUGAGCAGGUGGCUGAAGUGGCCUUUAAAUCAAGGGCUGCCCAAGUCCAGAGCUCAUGCUUUCACCGGCUGGACUGUACCAGCCCUUCUGACCCCAUGGCCUCUCGAGCUUACCUCUGCCUUCUAAUUUCUAAAAGCUCCAGGCCCAGGCCCUGCUCCCUCAGUCCCUGGGUACCCAUCGUCCCAGCACCUCUGGCCCCCCAAACAUCCCAAGAGGCCAAUGCCCCUUCUUCCCAGUCCAGAGUAGCUUCCUGUUUCCUAGGAGACAGACACCUGGGAAUUAUCUGUCAGCUUUCUCACACUGCCUGUGACCCCAAGACUGGGCUGUGUGGUCUCUGUAGGGUUUUAUGAGCCCCAUGCCUCACCCCCAGUGCCCGUCUUAGUUCAAACGCUCCUUCUCCUUUGCCAGGCCUCAAAGUCCUCCUCACUUACCUGUCUUUUUCUCUAAUCUGUCUGACCUGAGGCCAUCUUGCCUUAUAUCUUAUCUUAUUUUAUUUGUUUAUUUAUUCUUAGAGAGAGAGAGAAUCUUAAGCAGCCUCCGCACUUAGUGCAAAACUGACACAAGACUUGAUUUCAGGACCCUGAGAUCAUGACCUGAGCUAAAACCAGGAGUCAGAUGCCUAGCCAACUGGGCCACACACGUGCCCUACCAUCCUGACUCUUUAAAAAUGCAAACCUGAUCAUGUCUUUCGUCUUAUAGAUCCUUCUGUGGCUCCCUGUGUUCCGCUGGUCCCAUAGCCUGCUACGUGAGACCCUGCCUCUCCUUGACUAGACUCCUCCCACAUGAUCAUGGCUGAUUACUUAUUUGACAUUCUCGGAGCGAGUCAUGCUUUCUCAUGCUCCCGUGACUGUGCUCUGAUGCUCUCCACCUGAAAUGGUCUUCCCAGAACUCUUAGAAAAGUCCUUCCAACAAGCUGAGACUGAUUCAGCCUCACCUCCUCCAGGCAGGCUUCCACACAGGUCCUUCCAAAGGCUGCAUAAGGGCUUCUCCUCCUGCACCUGCCGUCCUUGCCCGCCCCAUGACUCUCAGAGCCCUCCUUUGGCCCAGCACUAACUUUUGUCUAUCUCAGGGUUAGACCCUUUGGAAAGGAGGGACCACAUCUAAUUCAUUUUGUCUUGCUGACCUCUGGCACUUGACUUCCUUUGCGAUCUAGAAAGGACUCCGCAGUAUUUUCUGAAUAAAAUCUACAGACGAAUGACAGGUGGGCCAAAAUGUAUCUGACCCUGUUCACCUGCAUGGAUGACACCAGGGACCCCAUUAAAGCGCAAGUGGCCACAGCUCAGCUCUUCACCCAGCAGAAGACAGGUAUGCAGGUUAGACUAGGAGCACUGACAACUCUGGAAGGAAGACGGACCAAUGGAUCGAUUGUGCUUGUAGCUUCUGAGGGGAGACUUCCAUUCUCAUGGAGAGGAGACAGGAGUUCUCAGGGGACUGUGUUGGAAACAUCGAAGGAGGCUGAGGAUGGCAGCAGAAGGAUCAUCAGUGAUGAUUCGGUGACAAUCCAGUGUUGGAUCCGGAUCAAGCAGAAUCCCAAAAGAAUCCUGCCUCAUGUUCUUGGAAACCAGCACCUGCGUGGAGAGCGGUUGCCAAACAGAGGCUUGGAUAAAGAGGAGAAUUGGUGCCUCAUCCAGGGUUGUCUGGAUCAGAGAAUGCCAGGGUCAGAUGGGACCUCAAAAGGCCACCAUCAGGCCUCCAGUCUCACCCCUCCCAGCUGUCCUCGUGGUAGCCAGAGUGACCACCCACGACCCAGGCUGGAGCAUACUCCUCUCCUGCUUAAAACCAGAAAGCAGGCUUGGCUUUUCAAGAGGAGGCACCCUUCAAGUAGGCAACUCGGAGAGGAAGUCAGCUGUGAACUGUUUGUAAAAAUGCUGAUGGCGGAUUUGCUGCAGGCUAAAUUGUACCGUAAACAUAUUCUCCUCGGCACCGGCACCGGGGAGCCUCGGUGACUGGGGGCCCUGUG